GUCCACGUGACCGGCACGCUGAGACUCCGCUUCCACGUGACAGUCUGGGAGGCUGGCCGAGGCAGUGAGAUAUGUGUCUGUGUAAUGUAACCUUGGUCGUCGGAGAUUUUUUAGCGUUGUUUACCACUUUUUAUGUCGGCUUGGAGGGUAUGAAGAGAAAUAGAAGGCGAAAAAGACUUCCUGCUCUUUCUCUGUUAUUCACGUUCUCUUCGUUAGUGAAGCACUCGUUGAGUGCCGCAAUACCGAUUUCUCUGCACCGCCAUGUUAGUUCUAGAGGAAACUCGCGAGAUGCUACUGGGUUUGUAUCGCGAGGUCUCCCGAUUCUCGCGGGACUUGUUGGCAGAGCAGUUGUCCUGGAUGGCGGAGCCUUGGGUUCCGGGGGCCUGAGACUCGCAACUCUUUCUACAAGAUACCAAGUUGUGCUAGUACAACCAUAUAAAUAAUUAAUACCUGAAGUCUCAAUGUCACAUGGACAUUAACAGUGAUGACAGAUAAAUGCAGACGCUUGGGAAUCAAAUACUAGGCGAAACACUUUAAUAAAGAAAGAAAUUUAGGAAGUUCUAGUAUUCUCCAUGGCUGAAGCUGAGAGUCUGAAACCCUGAUGCUUAAGCUCUAUUCUAGAUCAUAGCUCCAACUCCUUCAGGAUAUAAGGAAAGAGAUAAUAUUUCCACAAUGAUAGAUCUUUGGUUGUACAGGUUUCCCAAUGAGUGGAUCAUGAUGACCGUAUUGUAGGGACUUGCCAUAGUAUGGCUGCUUCCCGAUCUACUCGUGUUACAAGAUCAACAGUGGGGUUAAACGGCUUGGAUGAAUCUUUUUGUGGUAGAACUUUAAGGAAUCGUAGCAUUGCUCAUCCUGAAGAAAUCUCUGCUCAUUCUCAAGUGCGUUCAAGAUCACCAAAGAAGAGACCAGAGCCUGUGCAAAUUCAGAAAGGAAAUAAUAAUGGAAGAACUACUGAUAUAAAACAGCAAAGUACUCGAGAAUCAUGGGUAAGCCCUAGGAAAAGAGGACUUCCUUCUUCAGAAAAAGAUAACAUAGAGAGGCAGGCUGUAGAAAAUUGUGAGAGAAGGCAAACAGAACCUGUUUCACCAGUUUUAAAAAGAAUUAAGCGUUGUCUUAGAUCUGAAGCACCAAACAGUUCAGAAGAAGAUUCACCUAUAAAAUCAGACAAGGAGUCAGUAGAACAGAGGAGUACAGUAGUGGACAAUGAUGCAGAUUUUCAAGGGACUAAACGAGCUUGUCGAUGUCUUAUACUGGAUGAUUGUGAGAAAAGGGAAAUUAAAAAGGUGAAUGUCAGUGAGGAAGGGCCACUUAAUUCUACAGUAGUUGAAGAAAUCACAGGCUAUUUGGCUGUCAAUGGUGUUGAUGUCAGUGAUUCAGCUGUUAUAAACUGUGGUGACUGUCAGCCCGAUGGGAACACUAAACAAAAUAGCACUGGUUCCUAUGUGUUGCAGGAAAAAUCAGUAGCUGAAAAUGGGGGUUCGAAUACCCACACUUCAAUGUUCCUUGAUAGUAGGAAGGAGGACAGUUAUAUAGACCAUAACGUGCCUUGCACACAUUCAGAAGUGCAGGUCAAGUUGGAGGACCACAAAAUAGUAACUGCCUGCCUGCCUGCGGAACGUGUUAACGAGCUGACUGCUGAGCCAGCUGCAGGCCCCCUUUCUGAAAUCCAUUCAUCUUUAAGGGAUUCUGAGGAGGAAGUAGAUGUGGUGGGAGAUAGCAGUGCCUCAAAAGAGCAGUGUAAUGAAAACACCAGUAACGCCCUGGACUCAAGUCUUGAGAUCAUGCCCGUGUCCGGAGAACCAGAGCCAUCUUCUGUCCUAGACUGUGUUUCGGCUCACAUGACGUCUGUGUCAGAACCGCAAGAGCACCGGUACACUCUGAGAGCUUCGCCACGGAGGGCGGCCCCUCCCAGAGGCAGCCCCACGAAAACCAGUUCUCCUUGCAGAGAAAACGGACAGUUUGAGGAGACGAAUCUUAACCCCAGUGAAACAAAGGCAACUGUUAGUGAUACCAUAAGUGAGUCUCUCUCAAAUCCUGAUGAAAUUUCUCAGAAUGAAAAAGGGAUAUGUUGUGACUCUGAAAAUUCUGGGAGUGAAGGACUAAGUAAACCAUCCUCAGAGGCAAGACUCAGUACUGGACUUUUGCCAUCCGCCAAAGAGAGUGCCAAUCCACACAUUACAGAAGAGGAAGAUGAUGAUCCCGAUGUUUAUUACUUUGAAUCAGAUCAUGUGGCACUGAAACACAACAAAGAUUAUCAGAGACUGUUACAGACGAUUGCUGUACUCGAGGCUCAGCGUUCUCAAGCAGUCCAGGACCUGGAAAGCUUAGGCAGACACCAGAGAGAAGCACUAAAAAAUCCCAUUGGAUUUGUGGAAAAACUCCAGAAGAAGGCUGAUAUAGGGCUUCCAUAUCCACAGAGAGUUGUUCAAUUGCCCGAGAUUGUAUGGGACCAAUAUACCAAUAGCCUUGGGAACUUUGAAAGAGAAUUUAAAAAUCGUAAAAGACAUACUAGGAGAGUUAAGUUAGUUUUUGAUAAAGUAGGUUUACCUGCUAGACCAAAAAGUCCUUUAGAUCCUAGAAAGGAUGGAGAGUCCCUUUCAUACUCUGUGUUGCCUUUGAGUGAUGGUCCAGAAGGCUCAAAUAGCCGCCCUCAGAUGAUAAGAGGACGCCUGUGUGAUGAUACCAAACCUGAAACAUUUAACCAAUUGUGGACCGUUGAAGAGCAGAAAAAGCUUGAACAAUUACUCCUGAAAUACCCUCCUGAAGAAGUCGAGUCUCGACGCUGGCAGAAGAUAGCAGAUGAACUGGGCAACAGGACAGCAAAACAGGUUGCCAGCCGAGUACAGAAGUAUUUCAUAAAACUAACUAAGGCUGGCAUUCCAGUCCCAGGCAGAACACCAAACUUAUAUAUAUACUCCAAAAAGUCUUCAACAAGCAGACGACAGCAUCCCCUUAAUAAGCAUCUCUUUAAACCUUCCACUUUCAUGACUUCCCACGAACCACCAGUGUAUAUGGAUGAAGACGAUGACCGAUCCUGUUUCCAUGGCCACAUGAACACUGCUGUCGAGGAGGCAUCAGAUGAAGAAAGUAUUCCUAUUAUGUACAGGAAUUUACCUGAAUAUAAGGAACUAUUACAGUUUAAAAAGUUAAAGAAACAGAAACUUCAGCAAAUGCAAGCUGAAAGUGGAUUUGUGCAGCAUGUGGGCUUCAAGUGUGAUAGCUGUGGCGUAGAACCUAUCCAGGGUGUUCGGUGGCACUGCCAGGACUGCCCCCCAGAAAUGUCUUUGGAUUUCUGUGAUUCUUGUUCAGAUUGCCUCCAUGAGACAGAUAUUCACAAGGAAGAUCACCAACUAGAACCUGUGUAUAGGUCAGAGACGUUCCUAGACAGAGACUACUGUGUGUCCCAGGGCACCAGUUAUAAUUACCUUGACCCAAACUACUUUCCAGCAAACAGAUGACAUGGACGAGAACACCAUAUACUAGUCCUCUGCAACACGUAGCAAUGGUAUCACUGUGAAUUAUGUGCACAGUUUGGAAAGAUUCUCUGCUUUCCCUGAAGCGACACUCACGGCAUGACAGCUUCCUGAGUGUUCUCGUCAAGUCCAGCUCCGCACCGUUGUGGCUCUAGACCGCUGUUCAGCAGCUGAACAUUCCUGGUGAGGAAGGGGUUUCCCUGGCGAGUUUCUUAGCACCACCUUUGAAGCCUGUUAGGUGGUGAUCUUAAAUGGGCGAGAUGGAAACGAGAGCACACGUUAAAGAGAGAGUAAAUUCCAAAGGUUUCAGAGAACUUGGUCGUAAAUAUGCUAAUGAGAAGACAAAGUAUUUAUAUUAAAACAGUUUAGUAGCUUUCAGUUUUGUGAAAAUAGUUUUCAGCACAGAAACUGACUUCUUUAGACGACGUUUUAACCAAUGAUGGUGUUUGCUUCUAGGAUAUGUACACUUUAAAAGAACUCACUGUCCCAGUGGUGGCCACUGGUGGCCUUUAGUAAAUUGGAGCUGCUUAACCAUAUUGAUGUCUAAUUUCUUUUAACCACAAUGAACUGUCCUUAUUACCAACAGCGAAGCACUACAGGAGGCAGCUGUGGCAUUGCUUCCUUAACCAGCUCAUGGUGUGUGAAUGUUAUAAAGUUGUCACUCAGAUAUAUUUUUUAAAUGUAAUGUUAUAUAAGAUGAUCAUGUGAUGUGUACAAACUAUGGUGAAAGUGCCAGUGGUGGUAACUGUGUAAAGUCUCUAAUUCAAAACAUUAAUUCCUUUAAAAUACACAGCCUUCUGCCUCUGUAUUUGGAGUUGUCAGUGCAACUCAUCGAAGAAAACUGCCUAAUAUAAAAAUCAUAUAUAUGGUAAUAAUUUCCCUCUUUUGUAGUCUGCACAAGAUCCAUAAAAGAUUGUAUUUUUAUUACUAUUUAAACAAGUGAUUAAAUUUAGUCUGUGCAGUGAGCAAGAGUUCACAUGCAUUCUUUUAUACUGCUGGAUUUUGUUGUGCAUCAUUUAAAACAUUUUGUAUGUUUCUUCUUAUCUGUGUAUACAGUAUGUUCUUGAAUAAUGUUCAUUUGUCAGGAGAACUGUGAGAAAUAAACUAUGUGGAUACUGUCUGUUUAUAUUAUAGAAUGCUUGUUGUGACUUCCUUUGUUUAGAUUUUUGGAUUUUUUUUUUCACUAUUGUUAAAACCAAAAAAACAUUUUUUUUUUUAAAGGGUUUGUUUUACUUGUCUGUCCUUUAAAAAGAGUAAGGACUAUAUGAUGGAAAAGAUAAUGAACUUUAGAAGCUCUGUAAAAGAUGGUAAUGUUUUCACUUAGUAUGUUUGCUGAAACACUAAAUUAAACUAGGUUACAAAAAAAAGAAAAAAGAAAAACCUCUACAUACCAUGGUUAAAGAAAAAGGCAAUUAUUAAUGUCCGAAUGUAAAAACUAAAUGUAGGUUGAAAAUUUUUACUCUCAUUCCCACAUAUUUAAUUUAAAUAAGGGGUUUUUGAAAAAUCACAGUAUUCACUGGAAAUUAUAUUGACUAAUGGAAAAGACAGUAUAAAUAUUCUAAGAGUGACUAGUAUACUGACCCAAUUUUUAGAGUCUCCUGUUUUUUUCCAACUUUAAAUCAAAGGAACAUUAUUUACCAGUUCUCUUCAAUACAUUGUAGGGAACUAAAAUCGCCCUGAAUUUUUUAAAUUGAGAAUAGUGUAAUUUUAACUGUUAGAAAAAUGAGAAUUUUAAAGUAAUGUAUUUGUUUAAAGAUUACUGAUGAUUUUGAUAAAAUGUAUCACAUUAGGGAGAAAAGGAAGUCUUGCGUUAGACUUCUCAUCCUAGAAUUACUAGUUGGGGGGAAGAAGAGGGGAACCAUGAAUAUUCAGACUAUGCCAGAAGGUCUACCUUCAACUUGUAGUUAAGAUAGUAGCAAUUUGAUGGUAACUUCUGUAAACUUCUGUGUUUGCAUAGAAAUAAUACAAAGUCCGUUUUGGAGAACCAUUCAGAUCCAUUCAGACAUCCCAUGAAGUACGAAGUAUGCUUUGAAAGAGUGAUACAAUUGUUGUAAAAAUAGAAUAGACAUAAUAAAUCCACUUAAAUGUAUUUUUUAAGGGCAAAGAGUUUGAGAAUUUUGAAUGGCAAAGAGGAUUAUUUUCUGUUUGGGCAGAGAUGUGUUUAUUUUGCAUUUUUCAGCUCCAAACAAAUAGAGCUCUGAAAGGGUAGUAGUCUUGGAAAUAUGUGGUGGUAUUUUGAUUGGAGGCCUGCAGGAAUGCACAGGGCUGUCAUUUGCAAGUGGGCCCUCCGUCCCCUACACAGAGGCGUUGGCUGUAAAAGACGACGUAGACCUACAUGUUAAAGCAUCACGUAUCUCGUAGUACUCAUUGCGUCCGUUGUACUUGCUGAAAUAUUAUGCUCAAGUUAUUUGGUAGGAACUGAAGGAACUUUUAAUAACAUCUAAAAUCACUGCUUUAAGGUUUAGAUUUUGGGGGGUGUGGUUGGUGUGAUGUGCAGUAAGAAUAAUAGCGAACACUUACAGAGCGCUUGUGAUGAGCCAAGCGAGCGUAUAGUAGUAAUGGAUUUAAUUCUCAUAAUCUUAUGAAGCAGGUUCAUUUACUAAUCUGUUUUAAUGUGAGAGAAUCUAGCCAGAGAGGUUAAAUAACUUGCUCAGGGGCACAUAGUAGAGUGGUGCUGCCUGGAUUUUAACCUGAACAGAUUGCCCCAGAGCCAGUGCCUGCCUAACUUCCCUGUUCCCCGAGCAAGAAUAUUCCUUUGGUGUCAGGGUCGCUGAGGUGUGCAGGAGCUGUUGCUUUUCAGUCCCUUUUUCUAGUGUGGUAUUCAUCCUAGACACGUGCAGUUUUGUGGCUCAGAACAGAAACGUAUACCCGUGGGUGCGGGGAAGGCGCGGAAAUGGCCUGCCCCACGGUGAAUUAGAAAAACACACAGAAGCUGUAAUUUACAUCUAAUCUGACAGCAAACACGUGGUUGUGGGGCUUUAGGCAAAGCUGGGGACUAAGGUGCGGGUCUCCUGCCCCAGGCAGGGUUUGUUUCCGUGCAUGUUUGUUGAUUCUCACUUAACCUAAUCGUAUGCCUUGUCCAUUUUUCUCCCCCUUUCCCUUUUGUUGAAAUUAAAUUGCAGAACACAACAAUUUACUGAGGUAUGAGGAACAUUUUUUAAUGACAUGGAGAAAAUAGUAUAUGGCAUGUAGUAAGAUAAAUACUUUGUGAAGUUACUUUUUUAGUUACACAUAUAAGAGCAGCAUGCUGUAUAAACUGUAUUUCUUACUGUGGGUAACAAAGUCCGAAGGCCAUUGUUCUGGGUACGCUGGAUGGAAUGGAAUGUCUCCAGGUAACAAGUAGGUUUUUCUACAAGGUUAUGGAGAUACUGUCCUUUUUAGACUCUAAAGUGUUUUUUAAAUUUCACAUCUUGAUGAAAAAUGUGCUCCUGUUUAUAUGAUCCCAGAAAAAAAAUCCCCCCCCCCAACAGUUCAAGUGACUGAUUAAAUGGAUUGUUGAGCGUGGUGUCAUUUAGCUCCAUGAGGAUGGAGACCAUCCAUGUUGAUCUGUAUCCCUAGGAUCUGGCUCUUAAUAGAUUCUCAAUAAAUAUUUACUGGUAGUAGGCCCAGUGUUUUGGUGAGUUACAUUUUUUCCUCCAGGAAGUUAGAGAAACUGCCUGUGUCUGAGUGUGUCUCUGAGUGCGUCUGUGGGACCCUUAGAGGCUUUGCCUCAGCAGAUCUCACUUACAGGGCUCUGGGAGGCCUGCAGAAUUGCACCCUCUCUCUCCUGGAGGAUGCGGCUCAAACCUGGGUGGCAGGGAUUUUGGGUUUCUCUAGGACCCUAGUUAGGCCAUGUAUCUAGUUCUCUGCCAUGCUAUGAGAGUGAUGGGAAGGGCACAAGCAUGGAAAGUCUGGGUCCUAGUCUCUGUUGAGGAAGUGAGACACUCGAUAUGUUAACACAGAACCGCCUUUUAUUGAGCACCAGGAGCUAGCAGAGGAUGUGCAUGUGUUAUUAACCCGUCUAGUCCUCACAACACCUCUGAGGUUGCCUCUAUUGUGACCUCUGCUGUACAGAUGAGAACUAGGGUUUAGAGGAUUUAAAUGUUUUCUCUCCACUGUAAUUGCUGUGUGUGGGGCUGAGGAUACAAAGCCUUGCCCUUCUGAAGCUUCCAGUCUAGUGCCAAAGACCAGCAGUAAACAAGUAAGUAAGAAAUACCGUGUAAUUUUAGGCAGAAACAGAGAAAUGCCGUGAAGAAAACUAACGCUUGAAGAAAAACGAUGGAACAAUCGGGACCAGUGUGCCAUUAGAGAAGGAACAGUCAAAGAACCCCUCAAUGACAAGGGUAAAUCUGAACAGAGACCUGAACGGAGUGAGGGAAUUAGCCUUGUGGAUAAUCUGGAGGAAGAGGCAGAAGGUUAGCAAGGGCGAGGACCCUGACCCAGUAGAAAGCGAGGCGCGUUCAGGCAACGCCGAGAGGGCCGUUGUAGCUCGAGUCAAACGAGCAAGAGGAGAGCGGUGGUGGCUGGUGAGAGGGCACAGGGCAGAUCAGGUGAGGCCCUGAACGCACAUCAUUGCAAAGGAGUCCGAAUUGUGUUCUGAUGUCUUCUCCCUACAGCACAAGGUCUGUGAGGCAGAGACCUCUAAGGUCCUUACCUGCUUUAAAAUCCUGUAUGACUUUAAAGUAGUGAUGUCGUGUGUCAAGCCAUUCAAAUCAGCCAGCGUGUUUUAGCGGUUCUGUGGAAGACCUGACUGCACCUCUAGAUACAAAGCCAUCGGCCCCUGGGCUGAGUUCUUUCAAGAGGGCAGCCAGCUGCAGCCGUUAAAGCCGUGGCUGGGCCCGCCUGCUGUGCUGUCUGUCAGAGCUGUGGCGGGCAGGGGACUGUGUGUGCCAAUGUGUGGUAUGUGUUUAAAGAACGUUAAACCCUACAAAGUCAUUUUGUGUUUUCUGGCACAACCGACAGUUUUCAUCCUGCAAUUCUCUUUUUCUAAUUUGCUUAAAUACUCCAUGUGCUCCGGCAUGGAGAGUGUGACAACUUGGGGUUGUAAUAAAGUAUUUGACAACUGUGUGAGUUGUAGGAACGUGCCCCUUUUUGUUAAUAGCAUAAUUGUAACCAAAGAAAUUUAAUUUCUCCUUUAGCACACACUGACGUUGCUGUUUCAGAAUGAUUGCUAGAGUAAAAGGAAAUAAGAAAAUUACCAUGUAUCAUGAACACACUGAGAGUUCUCUCUGUAAUAGCUCAAAACUGAUCUAUGGCCAAAAUCAAAACCAUAUGAACUUACCAUAAAUCUCAACUAUUACUGUGUUUGCUUCUAAUUCUGUUUGGAAUAAGGCUUCAAAUGCUUUCCAGAAUGAUGUGAGUUACGAAUAAAUAGAAAAAGAGUUAUCCUGUGUUCCAUUUAUUUUAUUUGUACAUAUCCAUUUCAAGAGAAAAAAAAAAAAAGAA